GUCAGUUUCCAUCAUAGAUAAUUAAUCUGUCGGAAUUGUCAAUUGAAAAAAUUCAAGCAAAAUGCCAUUAAUACCGCAAUGCCGAAUCCAAAUCAUCCUUUGUCGGAAAUUCUGACCAAUAAUGUCCGACUCUGUUCGUUGGAAGUUUCUAGUAACCGACCGGUGGAUUACAAUAUUCUCAACAAAAUGAAGUACACCUUCUGCUCCGUGAUUUGGAUUGGAAAUUACAAUAAAGCGCCAGAGCACGUCGGACCCUUGGCCCUUGCAAAAGAGCUAAUAAACAAAGGUAUUACUGUCGUCCUCCACUUUGCUUGUAGAAAUAACACAAAGAACUCCUGUACCGCAAAUCUGGACUACGCGAAACAGAUCGGCGUCAGGAACCUGAUGGUGGUCAGAGGAGCCAGCCCGGAGUGCAACGUGGCCGACAAAAAAUACGAUUUUUCCCACACACCCGAAAUGUUGAAUUUCAUCAAGUCUAGAUAUGGCGAUUAUUUUGAACUUUGCGUGGCAGGUUUCCCAUAUAAACAUCCCGAUUCGAAGGAUUUAGAGGACGAUAUGAAGUAUCUGAAGGAGAAGAACGACGCCGGGGCCAAAUUCAUCAUAACUCAAGCUUGUUUUUCGUACAACGUUUAUAGAGAAUUCUUAGAUAAUUGUAGAAAACACGGCAUCAACAUGCGUAUCAUACCUGGAGUGUACAUAAUACGGUCCGUUAUAGAUUUCUGUUUCUUGCAGAAAUUGUGCAAAGUGCCACAGAGUGACCCAUUGGUGCAGAAGAUCAAGCAGAUGGAGGGGAAUGACAAGGAAAUUGCCGACUUCGGCAUUAAAACUUCUUUGGACACGGUGAAAAAAUUAUUAGCCGAUAAAGAUUUCUGCCCACCUCAUGUUUAUACAAUGGAUGAACUGUCGUCAAUCAGUAACUUUUUCAAAAUUUUAAAUGAACAAAAAUGACCUCUAUUACGCAUGCAAUACUUUUAAUAUAGCCUACAAUCACUAAGUAUACGCGAAUAUAUAUC